CUCCUCCUCGAGCCGCCAGUCGAUCUCGAGUCUGUGCUCGAGGAGCGUUGCCAAUAAGGAGCAGCGGAUCGAUCGUGAUCAUGAGAGUUCUGUACUUCCUCGUAUUCCUGGCGUUGUUGUCGCUGGUCGUCGAUGUCGGCGCAUGGAAAUUUUGGAAAAAGAAGGAUGAAUUGACCUCGACGACCCCGAAAUCGUCCAGCCAAGAGCUCAUGGAACCCCCGAGCCAUACCAACAAGGGCAUCGCCGCGGCCGUUAAUCCGGCCCUGGCCAUUGGUGUCGGCAACCUCGGACCCAAGAGCGGCGAGUCGCCGAGGAACCAACCUCGUAAGCCAAAUCCUGGCACGGAAGUUGCCAUCGAUAGCGGACCACCCAAGGCCGCCACCGGUACCAAUUACAAGAAUUGGGCCGCCGAAUUUGGAGGCAUCGAGGCCGGCACCAUCAAGGAUAAGUCCAAGAUGCAGGAGCAGAAGACCAUUACGAAGCCGGACAAUCCGCAUCACGGUACAGGUUCGUCAAGCAUUUUCCCUCCUAUAUCGCUGAUCUCCCGAUACGACGGUAAAAAUCUCAUGGGGAAAAUUGGUAAUAAAGCCGCGACGUCGCAGACGACGGCGUCUACCCGGGCGCCUAGUUCAGUGCCAACGCCAAUCGCACGCCCUUCGAUCCCGGCCUCGCAGCCGAAAUCAAAACCAGAGACGCCACAGUCGAAAGCAGGUUCGGCCGUGGAUAGCAAGAACUGGAACGGAGUCGCCGACGGUGGAAAUCGAGUCGAAUUGCCGAUUCCCGGCCUGAGAGCCCAGACCCCGAGCCCAACGACACCUGGACAGCAUCCGUCUGCGUUUUUCUCCCUAGUACAUCCACAGCCGGGAAACGCCGGCCAGUCUGGACGUCCCAGCAUCUCGACCGGGGCGGCAAUUGGAGCUGCCGGGAUCGGUGGAGCGGCCCUCGCCGGGGCGGCCGCGACCUCCAACUCCGGCAAGGUCUUCUCGAGCAAUCCGACCUAUAGUAAGGGCAAUGCCAUCACCGACGAGGACCUUCAGAAGCUCUCCGAGGCGCUUUUCAUCAAGGACGUGAACAACGCCAACAAGUACAUCACUCUCAAUCUCCAAAAGACGACCACCGGUAGUAAUUCAAAGGACGAGGCUGUGCAGCCGCUACUUCAAGUCAAGCCCGAAGCUCUGCAACUGCCGACCAUUCGAAAAGUCCUGGACAUCUACGACAACUACAAGCUGGACACGCGUGAGAACGAGUACAUAAGCCCGGCCCAGCGCCAGGAGGAAAGCCUCCUAGUCGACACGUUCCUCAGCACGAACCUCAUGUCGGCGGCGAUGCGCUUCCUCGCGGACAAGGGCUUCAUCAAGAAGGACUACUACGAGUACAAGGACACGCUGCGGACACUCUGGUUCAAUCUGUACUCGAGGGGCGAGGGGAAGAUCGGCAGUAGCGGCUUCGAGCACGUGUUCCUCACCGAGCUCAAGCUCGGCACCGAAGUCUCCGGUCUGCACAAUUGGAUCUACUUCAACGCCGAGGAGCUGAAGAAGCGACUCAAUUAUCUCGGCUACAUUAAGAAAGUCGACCUUGGCAAUAAAGCGGCGAUCGUGAAGGCACACGUGACGUUCGACGGCAUCGACAAACCCGUAACCGACAUCUUCGUGGGCACGUCACCUGAACUAGAAAUGGCCCUCUACACGGUCUGCUUCUUCGCAAGAUCGGAAAAACCGUGCCCCGUCUCCCUCGGCGGUACAAAAUUCAACAUCAUCACCCACAAGUUCAGAUACCGUGGCAGAGAUCUUAUUGGCUCAGCUUAUCCCAGCAUCUAGAUAACUCUCCUGU